GCGCUGUCCCCGCCCCGGGCGCUGCUGGCCCAGCGGCCCCUCUGCGGACGCGUGCGGUGCUGGCCGGCGCCGGGAUGUGAGGCCCGGGCGGCGGAGGCCGGCGCCACGGGGACCCAACCCAGGACCUCCAUGCUAGGUCCACGCAGAGGCCAGUAUGAAGCUGAAAAAGCAGGUGACAGUGUGUGGGGCUGCCAUCUUCUGUGUGGCCGUCUUCUCCCUCUACCUCAUGCUGGACCGAGUGCAGCAUGAUCCUGCCCGACACCAGAAUGGUGGGAACUUCCCGCGGAGCCAAAUUUCCGUGCUGCAAAACCGCAUUGAGCAGCUGGAGCAGCUGUUGGAAGAGAACCACGAGAUCAUCAGCCACAUCAAGGACUCUGUGCUGGAGUUGACGGCCAAUGCAGAGGGCCCACACGCCCUGCUGCCCUACCACACAGCCAACGGCUCCUGGGUGGUGCCCCCAGAGCCCCGGCCCAGCUUCUUCUCUGUGUCCCCCCAGGACUGCCAGUUUGCUUUGGGAGGCCGAGGUCAGAAGCCAGAGCUGCAGAUGCUGACGGUGUCAGAGGAGUUGCCCUUCGACAACGUGGAGGGCGGUGUGUGGAGGCAGGGCUUUGACAUCUCCUACAGCCCUCAUGACUGGGAUGCCGAGGACCUGCAGGUGUUCGUGGUACCACACUCUCACAACGACCCAGGCUGGAUCAAGACCUUCGACAAGUACUACACAGAGCAGACCCAGCACAUCCUCAACAGCAUGGUGUCCAAGCUGCAGGAGGACUCCCGCUGGCGCUUCCUCUGGGCAGAAGUCUCCUUCUUUGCCAAGUGGUGGGACAACAUCAAUGCCCAAAAGAGAGCAGCAGUCCGAAGGCUGGUGGGAAACGGGCAGCUGGAGAUUGCGACGGGAGGCUGGGUGAUGCCAGAUGAGGCCAACUCCCACUACUUUGCACUGAUUGACCAGCUCAUCGAGGGACACCAGUGGCUGGAGAGAAACCUCGGUGUGACCCCACGCUCCGGCUGGGCAGUGGAUCCCUUUGGACACAGCUCCACCAUGCCUUACCUGCUGCGCCGUGCCAACCUGACCAGCAUGCUGAUUCAGAGGGUGCACUAUGCCAUCAAGAAGCACUUUGCCGCCACCCACAGCCUGGAGUUCAUGUGGAGGCAGACAUGGGACUCAGACUCCAGCACAGACAUCUUCUGCCACAUGAUGCCCUUCUACAGCUAUGAUGUCCCCCAUACCUGUGGCCCCGAUCCCAAAAUCUGCUGCCAGUUCGAUUUCAAACGCCUGCCUGGUGGGCGCAUUAACUGCCCUUGGAAGGUGCCACCCCGGGCCAUCACAGACACCAAUGUGGCAGAGAGGGCCGCCCUGCUCCUAGACCAGUACCGGAAGAAGUCCCGGCUAUUCCGAAGCAAUGUCCUGCUGGUGCCGCUGGGCGAUGACUUCCGAUAUGACAAGCCUCAGGAGUGGGAUGCCCAGUUCUUUAGCUACCAGCGGCUCUUUGACUUCCUCAACAGCAAGCCUGACCUCCAUGUGCAGGCCCAAUUUGGUACCCUCUCAGACUAUUUUGAUGCUCUGUACAAGAAGACAGGCGUGGAACCAGGGGCCCGGCCCCCAGGGUUCCCAGUGCUGAGUGGAGAUUUCUUCUCCUACGCGGACCGGGAGGACCACUACUGGACAGGCUACUAUACCUCCCGGCCUUUCUACAAGAACUUGGAUCGCGUACUGGAAGCCCAUCUGCGGGGGGCAGAGAUCCUAUACAGCUUGGCUGUGGCACACGCCCGCCGCUCUGGCCUGGCUGCCCAGUACCCACUGUCCGACUUCACUCUCCUGACGGAUGCCCGGCGCACACUGGGGCUCUUCCAGCACCACGAUGCCAUCACUGGCACCGCCAAGGAGGCUGUGGUGGUGGACUACGGGGUCAGGCUUCUGCGCUCCCUCGUCAGCCUGAAGCAAGUCAUCAUCAACGCGGCCCACUACCUGGUGCUGGGGGACAAGGGGACCUACCACUUUGACUCUGGGGCACCCUUCCUCCAAGUGGAUGACACCCGCUCUAGUCAUGAUGCCCUGCCAGAGCGCACAGUGAUCCAGCUGGACGCCUCGCCCAGGUUUGUGGUACUCUUCAACCCACUGGAGCAGGAACGGCUCAGUGUGGUGUCCCUGCUGGUCAACUCGCCCCGGGUGCGUGUCCUGUCGGAGGACGGCCAGCCCCUGGCCGUGCAGAUCAGUGCUCACUGGAGCUCGGCCACCAACAUGGUCCCCAAUGUCUACCAGGAUGCUCGGCACAGCCUGCGUCCUCACCUUCUGUGCCCGAAGGUGUCUGUGCCUCUCCGCCUGCCUGCCCUGGGCCUGGGCGUGCUGCAGCUGCAGCAGGGCCUGGACACACACCACACGCUGCCCUCCUCCAUGCGUAUCUACCUGCAUGGCCAGAGGCUGUCAGUCAGCAGGCACGAAGCCUUCCCCAUCCGCGUCAUCGACUCAGGUGCCAGUGACUUCGCCCUCAGCAACCGCUACAUGCAGGUCUGGUUCUCAGGCCUUACCGGGCUCCUCAAGAGUGUCCAAAGGGUGGACGAGGAGCAGGAACAGCGGAUAGACGUGGAGCUCUUCAUCUAUGGCACUCGCGCAUCCAAAGACAAGAGUGGCGCCUACCUCUUCUUGCCGGAUGACCAGGCCAAGCCCUACAUCCCCAAGAACCCUCCUGUACUGCGUGUCACUGAGGGCCCUUUCUUCUCAGAGGUAGUCACAUACUACGAGCAUGUUCACCAGAUGGUCCGACUGUACAACCUGCCAGGGGUGGAGGGGCUGUCUCUGGACGUGUCAUUCCUGGUGGACAUCCGGGACUAUGUCAACAAGGAGCUGGCCCUGCGCAUCCACACAGACAUUGAUAGCCAAGGCACCUUCUUCACAGACCUCAAUGGCUUUCAGGUGCAGCCCCGGAGGUAUCUGAAGAAGCUGCCCCUGCAGGCCAACUUCUACCCCAUGCCAGUCAUGGCCUAUAUUCAGGACACACAGAGGCGCCUCACACUGCACACGGCCCAGGCCCUGGGCGUCUCCAGCCUCGGCAAUGGUCAGCUGGAGGUGAUCUUGGACAGGCGGCUGAUGCAGGAUGAUAACCGAGGCCUGGGCCAAGGGCUCAAGGACAAUAAGAGAACCUGGAACCAUUUCCGCCUUCUACUUGAACGACGAACCGUGGGCAGUGAGCCUGGCUUUUUCUGCAAACUGGCAGCCAUGUUUAGGGGCUUGAUCUUUCCCAGCAGCAGGAGCGGUGACCGAGAGGUCCAGGACAGCCACUCUACCAGCUACCCAUCCCUCCUCAGCCACCUGACCUCCAUGUACCUGAACACCCCAGUGUUCACCCUGCCCGUCACCCAGAUGCCAUCCCCAGGGCCCAGUCUGCGAGCCUUUCUUCCUCUGGCUUCCUCAUUGCCCUGCGACUUCCAUUUGCUCAACCUGCGCAUGUUCCAGGCCGAGGAGGAUAACUUGCCUUCAGCAGAUACUGCGCUCAUCUUACACCGCAAAGGUUUUGACUGCGGCCUUGAGGCCAAGAACUUGGGAUUCAACUGCACCACAAGCCAAGGCAAGGUGGCCCUGGGAAGCCUUUUCCACGGCCUGGACGUGGUAUUCCUGCAGCCAACCUCCCUGACCCUGCUGUACCCACUGGCCUCACCCUCCAACAGCACGGACCUCUAUGUGGACCCCAUGGAGAUCGCCACCUUUCGCCUCCGCUUGGGUUAGGGCUUCUUGUGGCCUAAAGAGAAGUUCGUCCAUGGAGACUGCCACCCCGGGUAUCCUAUCCCAUCUGCCUCUCGGAACUGUGACAGACUGGGCUCUGCCCUUGCUUUCUGUUCUUAGUUGCUUCUGUGUUUGGGGCAACCACAUGCCCAGCCAUGGGCAGGUAGGGCAGAUGCGGUGAGGUGUUGGAGAUGGGGCCCUUGGUCAGGGCCUGCUACGCCAGGGUCUGCUUCGGGUGGUGAGUGGCUGCCCAGCUGGGCCCCAGUCCAGACACCCACCCUUUUCCCAAAAUGGGAUGUAGGAGGUACAGGGGCAGACGGAGGCGGUCAGAGAGACUAAGUGGGUAGCAGCCCACAUAGGUAACUAUAGGCAAGGGCUGGCUCUGGGGGUCCUGUGGUGGUGUAGAGGCCACUUAUCUCGGUGUGAGGAACAAGAUGAGAGCAGUUCCGGGGGGAGACAGAUGGGGACUGGCAGUUGUCAGUGGGAUGGAGGAGGAGAAGGAAUCCCUGUUUCUCCUAAGGGCCUGAGGGCCUCACUGCUUUCUUUGAGUCUCUACUCUCAAUGCCACUGGGCCUGCAUGCCCUGGCUAGGGUCCACAGGGUGACCAGAAGGAGUUGUUAGGCAUAUGAGCAGAAGUGUUAGGACAGUUCAGGUACCAAAAUUCCCACCUCAGACGGCAAUGGGUCUGUGACUUGGGGUUGGGGUGGUGAGAAGGGUGUAUGGGGAGUUCUUCCUCCCUACCUGACUCCUCUUUGUUCCCUUUAAUUCAUGCACUACUGACCCCAAGAUCUCCUUUCUGUCCUGGGGGUUUGGCCCUAGAAAUUUCCUUCCUUAUGAAAGAAAGUGAGGCUCUAAGACCCUGAGUGCUGGGGUAGCUUGGGAAGACUUCUGGCACCAUGCCUGACAGGCAGGCCUUGGGGCUUCACCACCUUUGGACAGAAGUGUUCCAUUCCUGGCAUGGAUGAGGGAUAUGGAGCCUAAAUUAGGAGCCAAUAGGACUGCUUAUGAGCUUUUAUUUCAGCUUCAAUCAGUAGAGAAAAAUUCAGUCUCUUCAGAUGCUGAAAAGAUAUUUGGUAAAAUUUAUAAUCCAUCCUUUAUUAAAACUCUUAGACUAGGGCCGGGGAUUUAGCUCAGUGGUUUCAUCGCCUGCGGCGCAAGCACAAGGACUCGAGUUCGAUCCCUGGUACCAAAAACAAAAACAAAAACAAAAAAAACCCUCUUAGACUAGGGCCAGGGAUUUGGCUUAGUGGUUCUGCUGCCUGCCUCGCAAGUGUAAGGUCCCGAGUUCUAUCCCCAGUACCAAACAAAUAAACAAAAAACACCACCACCAACAACAACAAAAAACUCUUAGACAAGAAGAAACAUCCUAAUCUACACAAAGGUCUCUGUCAGGGAUUCUAAAGAGUCAGACACCACAGGCAUCCCCGUGAGAGUCAGGAACUAGCCAGGGCCCUGCGGUUAUGUAGCAGUGUCCUGGCUCCACUCACCCCUGCAGUAAGGCAGAUGAGGGGAUAGGGAAGAAUUAUAUUCCAUUAUUUGUAGACAAUAAAGUUGCCUAUCAGUAAAGUCUAAGAGAAUCAAAAAGACCUAGUAAGAGCUUUCCAUAAGUUGACCCAAUGCUACACGUUCCUGCAAAGAUCUUGGUUCUUCCCACUUCAGCCCAUAAAUUCAAUGUAAUUCCAGCAAGAUUGAAUACUUUUUGGGAUUUAAUUGGUUCCAAAGUUCAUUUGGAAGAGUAAAGGUGGGAGAAACCAAGACACUUCUGAGUGGCAAUGGAUGGGAGUCGGGGUGGUGCUGAGGGGGAAAUGGGACUUGUUUCCCAAAGGACUUUCCUGUGGGCGUGGAUUCAGUCAAUGUGACAGACUGUGUCAGGCAGACCAAAGGGACAAUACGGAAAGUCCACGAACAGAUCCUGCAACACAAGAAUUUUGUAUACAAUAAAAAGGAUUUUAAGUGGGGGAAAAUGGAUUAUUUAAUAAACAGUACUUUGAGACAACUAGCUAUCAGAGUUAGAUCUCUACCUCAGUUUCCACAAAAAUUAGUUCUAGAGUGAAAAAACAAAAUAAAAUGACAAAAUUACUCAAGAAAAAAUAUUUUUAUACCUGUGAUGUGGAAGAGUCUUUUCUAAACAUGAACCCUAAGAGACAUAAUAAGGAAGAAGAUAACAGCUUUUACCACCACCAAAAACAAAACAAAACAAAACCCUGAAAAUGUUUUGUGCUGUGGGAAGCAUGAAGAUUAGAAGAUACGUCAGACACGGGAGGAAACAUUAAAGAAAAAAUUAGUACAAUUUAGGAGAAAAGCUUGCUGUGGGAUCUGAGUCACUGGGGCCUUCCAGGCAGCCACCUGAACACUCAAGAGUGACAGAGCUGAGUUCCUGCAGAUCUUGAAGAGUCCUUGGAGUCCUGCCUGUCUCACGGAGGAAAUAGGAUCAACCGGAAGUGCUUAGUGUAGUGCAUGGGCCAUAGAAGAGCUACACAAAUAUGAGUCAUAAUAUUAGUAAAGAAUGCUAAGUAAUCAGAGCAAAUAUUAUUGUAAUCAAAUGAUAGGUGAGAAUCUGUGAACCCUUAAAUUAGCAGAAUAAAGAAUAUUUGGAGGUCUUA